GCUCAUGCAUCCUUUGUUCAUUGUCUGUGGUUUGCAGGGAUGGUUGUAUCAAAGCUGUGGGCCAGGCAGAUGUUAUUCGCAAUCAGUUUUCAGAAGCAACAUUUGAAAGGAUAAUUGACUGCUCUGGGAAGUGCGUGUUACCAGGCCUCGUAGAUGCACAUACACAUCCAGUGUGGGCUGGUGAUAGGGUUCAUGAGUUUGCAAUGAAGUUGGCAGGUGCAUCCUAUAUGGAGAUCCACCAGGCUGGGGGAGGAAUACAUUUUACUGUGGAACACACUCGAAAGGCCACAGAAGAAGAACUAUUCAAUACCUUCAAACACAGACUCGAACGCAUGCUCAGAGCAGGAUCUACAUUGGUUGAGUGCAAGAGUGGUUAUGGCUUAAACUUAGAAACAGAGCUCAAAAUGCUCAGGGUGAUUGAACGUGCUAAGCGAUCCAUGGAUAUUGGCAUUUCUUCGACAUACUGUGGAGCUCAUUCUGUGCCCAAAGGGAAAACUGCUACUGAAGCCACAGACGACAUUAUCAAUAACCAUCUCCCUAAACUGAAAGAACUCAAACGAAGUGGUGAAAUACAUGUUGACAAUAUAGAUGUGUUCUGUGAGAAGGGAGUCUUUGAUCUGGAGUCUACUAGGAGAAUUCUUCAAGCUGGAAAAGAUAUAGGGUUACAGAUUAACUUCCAUGGUGAUGAACUCCAUCCGAUGAAAUCUGCUGAGCUUGGAGCUGAACUAGGAGCCCUGGCUAUCAGCCACCUGGAAGAAGUUAGUGAUGAAGGUAUCACUGCUAUGGCAAGAGCUGAGUCCGCUGCUGUCCUUUUACCAACAACUGCUUACAUGCUAAGGCUGAAGCAACCUCAAGCUAGGAAAAUGUUGGAAGAAGGAGUUAUAGUUGCUCUUGGCAGUGACUUUAACCCUAAUGCAUACUGUUUUUCAAUGCCUAUGGUGAUGCAUCUGGCCUGUGUAAACAUGAAGAUGUCGAUGAAUGAAGCACUAGCAGCUGCUACCAUUAAUGCGGCUUAUGCCCUGGGAAAAUCGGACACGCACGGCUCCUUAGAGGUCGGCAAGCAGGGGGACCUUGUGAUCAUAAAUGCAUCAAGGUGGGAGCACUUGAUUUACCAGUUUGGGGGACACGAAGCAUUGAUCAACUAUGUUAUCAUUAAAGGAAAAGUCAUCUAUCAAAAUGAGAGGUGUGAGAAAAUGAGCAGUUACUGA